UCCAAAACAAGUGAUAAUCGCAAGUAAGCAUGGCAUCCCGCGUAAUGUGUAAAAGUCAAAUUUAGCUCUUUAAAUAAUAGGUUAUAAAUGUGUAGAAGUUGUAAAGGAAGUUAUUCCGUUAUGCAUGUGUAUUUUGUGCCUUCGAAGUUAGUAUGAAAGUGUCGAGACAAGGAAGAGUUUGGAAAAGCGCCUUGAUCCUGGCGUUUAUUCUUCCCAGCAUUGCAGUUCGUGGAUUGGUGACUCGUGAUGUGGUGAUAGUGGUGUUAAGUCAGGGGGACCCAUACCAUGCCUCUCUUGCUCAGAAUCUUCGGAGCAGCAUCCAGCAGCAAGCCCAUGAGGCAAAUCAGGUUGUGCCCAUAGUGCACCUGACUCAUGAAGACUUCCCUCAUCCUGGAGUCUGGACAGUGGUCCCUCUUUUGUCUCAAUUGUAUACAAUACAUGGGUCCAACAGUUCAUGGCUGAUCUUCUGUGAAGGUCACACCACAAUUGACUUGUUUCAGAUGUUGGAGCUUCUAAAUAAGUACAGUCCUACAGAGGAACUGUUCAUUGGUCACGCAUUACGUGACAGAGAAGCUACUAUCAUUCACCAUUUUGCCUUCUCAAAUGAUCCCCUCCAAUUCAGAUAUCCUCACUUCGCAUCAGGAUUUGCCAUGAGCCAGGCUUUGUUAAAAAAAAUUGCCUAUCGACUGGAUUGUGGCGAUCAUCCUGACAUGGACUUUUCCAUUGACCCUUCACAUGAGUUGGCUCUGUACAUAUGGGAAAAUGGAAAGGGCCCAGAACUGACACAUGCUUCCCAGUUGUGCCUUAGGAAUCAUCCCCAGUGUGCCUCAUAUCCUCUAGAGUUUCAUGCUUGUGGUAAUCCAGUAGCAAAGGAGUCCAUGUACUUUGCAGUAAAAACAUGCAGCAAAUAUCACAAGGACAGGAUACCUGUUGUGAAACAUACUUGGGCAAAGUAUGUGCUUCAUAUCGGCUUUUACAGCGAAAGCAAAGAUGCAUCAAUCCCAACAAUUGAUUUAGGAGUCCCAAACACAGAACAUGGGCACUGUGGAAAAACAAUGGCCAUGUUGAAACAUAUUGCUAUGAUCGCUCCAUCCUUACAAGACGUUAGGUGGGUUGUCAUAGCAGAUGAUGACACUAUUCUGAGUGUUGCAAGGCUUCGGCAGUUACUAAGUUGUUUUCAGCCAAGCAAGCCAUUUGCUAUUGGCGAGAGGUAUGGUUACAAUGUGCAGCGCUCACCUCAAGGCUACAAUUACAUAACUGGGGGUGGAGGAAUGGUCUUCUCCAUGGCCACUGUGCGUCAGAUCACAGGCUCCACCUACUGCAAGUGUCCAUCAGAUUCAACUCCGGAUGACAUGUUCCUCGGGAUUUGUUUAGCCAGGCUUGGUAUAACAAUAACCCAUUCACCGCUCUUUCAUCAGGCACGUCCAUUGGACUAUGCUCCAGAAUACUUGAACCCACAGUUGCCAGUGUCAUUUCAUAAGCACUGGAUGGUUGAUCCUCUCAGAGUGUAUGAGAAGUGGUUUUCUAAAGUCGACCAGCAAAUGGAAGCAGACUAUCUGGCCCAGAAGCAUGUGGAGCUGUGAAAUCAGUAUUUUAAAUCGCAAGAUCAAGGAAUGUCUUGUAUUUUUGUAUAUGAUUGUUAUUUUGUAAAGUUGAAAAUAAAUUUUUAAUUACAGA